CUCAUCUCAUUUAGGUCAUAACAAGAGAUGAAAAAUAUACCAUCGAUAAAACCACAAACUUGACCAGAGCCUCAUCAUUGUUAAGUAGCGAAGGAGGAGGGAAAAUGAAAGGUCAGAAACGAAACAAUCUUCAUAUUUCCUCAAGAUAUAAUAAAGAAGAACAAGAAGAGGUAAUAGAAAAUCAAUAUCUCCCAAACAUAGUGCUUCCCAUUUCAACAUUACCUAAAUUCAACUUUGCCACAUCAACUCCUGUUCCAAAUACCACAGUUAGUGGACCUGUCACCAGUGGAAGCCCUGGAUUUAUAUUUUUAGCACCAAUACAAUACAGUGUUCCAUCAACACUGUCAGGUGCACAUUCUUCUCAAGAAGACAAAAAAUUCACAUUCAGUUCACCUGUGAUUCUGGACAACAGUACCACCACUCCAGAAAGUCCAUCCAAGAAGCAGAAAGCAGUACAUGACUUCAGUUGUCCAACAGUGCCAUCAAGCUCUGGCAUCUCAUUUACUUCUAUAGUGUCAGUAGAAUCUUCUGAAGGCUUCAAGAAGUCUCAGUCAGACAGUACUGCAGGUUCUGGAAUAAAACCAGCCAGCGAUCUCAUUGUGGGAGGUAGCGUGAUGGAUGUACUAGUGAAAACUAAAACCAGCAUUCCAGCUGAUAAGCCUGUCAUUGAUCUCACUGUUGAAAGUACUUCAGUGAACAUUGAAGAAAAGUGUAAACAAGUACAUGCCAAUAUUUCACCAUCUAGCACUAGUAGGCAAGCUAGUGACAAACUACAGGCUGAAAACCCAUUGCAAGAAAAACAAGGAUUUGGAGAGAAAUUUAAACCAGACCCAGGAUCUUGGGAGUGUUCAGUGUGCAUGCUAAGAAACAAGUCAGAAGAUUUAAAAUGUGUAGCCUGUGAAAAUCCAAAGCUUGGGGCAGGAUCUUUAACCCAAAAUUCAGCUGGAUUUGGGGACAAAUUUAAGCCUCCACCUGGAAGUUGGCCGUGUCCCACUUGUAUGAUCAACAAUAAGUCUUCAGUUAGUAGAUGUGCAGCCUGUGAAACUCCCAAACCUGGAAGCCUCUCUCAGGCAUCAAAAGGAACAGUAAGUGGAUUUAGUGAAAAGUUCAAACCAGCAGUUGGAAGCUGGGAGUGUGAUACCUGUUUAAUAAGAAAUAAAGCUGAUUCAUUGAGGUGUGUUGCUUGUGAAACACCUCGAGCAUCAGAGAUGAAUGCCACAGAAAAGAAAGACACCUUUUCUGGUUUCAAAUUUGGGGCAUCAGUUUCUUCUAGUUCCUCAGCAAGUAAUUUUAAAUUUGUUUCACCAAGUAAUUCUGGAAACGUUAACACUACAUCUAAAUGUAGUUUUAAUUUUUGUGCUCCGACCAUUCUUCCAGCUUCUUCCACAGCACAGCAGAGUUCAUUCUCGUUUGGUGCCCCUGUAACAACCACUAGCUGUACUACAACCGAAUUUAAGUUUGGUGUCCCUAUAACAACCACUAGCUGUGCUACAACCGAAUUUAAGUUUGGUGUCCCUGUAACAACCACUAGCUGUACUACAACUGAAUUUAAGUUUGGCAUACCAUCUUCCAAUAAGGAAAUCUCAAUAUCUUCUGGAAUACAUAACACGCAGGAAAGUGUUUCAUCAAAGACAAAAUCUACAGAUGAGACAAUUACAUUAAAUAGCUCUAAGUCUACAGAUGCAGCAUCAGAGGAUAAAACUUCUGCUUCAGGUCUUAUGGUUACAAGUGUUAGUACACAACAGACAAAAUUAUCAUUUGGUUUACCUGUUCAAGCAACAGUGUCGGGUCUGGGUUCACAAGCAAAACAGUUAGAAUUUGAUGGUUGCAUCAAUAAGGAAGAUAAAAAAGCAAUUGGAGGUUUUAGUUUCCCUCUUAACAGAUUGUCAACUCAAGAUAGUAUUGCCUUAUCUAAGCCUGAAGAGAAACCUAAGAGUGGAUUUAGUUUUGGAGUCCCAAGUGAAAAGAAGAAAGAAAAUACUUCACUCGUUUUCAGCAGCACAAAAAAAGAAAAUUUAUUGGUGACUUCCACAACACCAGUUGCGCCAAGUUUUGGUUUUCUUGAUAAGUCCAGUACAUCAAUGACUUUUAGCGGCACAGGGAGUUCUUCAGUACCCAAUGUACCAGUAUUUACAAUGAACACUGAAAAAAAAGAUGCCGGAGGUUCUGGUGGAGCUAAUUUUUUCUUUGGAAAUAGUUCAGGAAUGAAUAGUACAAGCAAACCAGCUACGUUUUCAUUUGGUACUUCUACAACAUCAUCUGUAUUCUUUGGUUCAACAGCUUCACCUAACUUGUUUACAUUUGGUUCACAAGGACCUGCCACGUUAGCAUUUGGAGGUGGAAGUUCAUCUGGAGCACCCACUUUUGGUAGUGCAACACCAAAGCUUGGUACAAUUGAUUCAGCAAGAACACCAGCUUUUGGAGCAGUUUCAUCUGUGCCGAAACUUGGUGCCACUUUCCCCAGUGAAAAGCCAGCAUUCAGACAUGAAUCAUCUGAAACACCAUCAAAGAUCCAAGCUGGUGCACCACCUUUUGGAACAGUUUCAUCUGUACCGAAACUUGGUGCCACUUUCCCCAGUGAAAAGCCAGCAUUCAGACAUGAAUCAUCUGAAACACCAUCAAAAGUCCAAGCUGGUGCACCAACUUUUGGUGUUGCUCUACCAGCAUGUGAAGCAUCAAGUAAUGUGCCUCUUUUUGGACAACCUCAACCAGAGUCUAAGCCUUCUUUGUCUAACAACAAUACUUCGGGUUUUAAUGUCAACUCAACUCCAACCUUUCAGUUUGGCUUGUCUUCUUCAGCACAGCCUUCUGGAGUAUUUCGAUUUGGAACUCCACAGGUGCCUGGAGCUUCAACACAAGAAACAACUCCCUUUGCAUUUGGUUCACCAGCACAACAUGCUGUAUCUGUUGCACCAACUUCUUCAUUUUUCAAUUCUAAUGUCACACCAUUUGGAUUCUCAACACCUACGCCUUCAUUCCAACCAACGUCUUCUUCAGAAAAUCCCUUCAGUGUUUCUGUAAACAAUAAAAAUCCACCUCGGAAGUUCAGGCGAGCUGUUAGAAGAACAACGGCUCGCAAGCAAUGAAAAAGCAAAUAUGUUAAAUGUGUUGUGUAACACGACACUAGAAAGCACAAAGUGCUUUGUAUUGUACAAUAUGUAUUUUAAGACAGGCUCUGAGAAACAUGAUACAAAUUAUAUAGUGGACAGAUUUGACAUAUUUUAAAGUGAAAAAACUCCCUGUAGCAGAGUGUAGGUUGAAUUUUGAUUUUUUUAACCAUGAAAAAUUAGCCAGUAUAAAUAAAACUUUUUUUUUCUUCAUAUCA